GACAGAACCGGGAGAGAAACGGGAGAGAAACGGGAGAGAAACGGGAGAGAACCGGGACAGAAACGGGACAGAGCGAUGGGCAAGGAGAAGUUGGAGCUCCGCCCCCCCCGUUUGGGGCGGGGCCGGCGCCAGGAGCGCGAGCGGCUGGAGGAGAUGAAGCGGGAGCUGGAACUGGACGAUCACAAGCUGGACGUGAAGGAGCUCGAGCUGAAAUACAACACGAGCGCCACCAAGGGCCUGUCCGAGGCCGAGGCGUCCGAGCGGCUGCUCCGUGACGGCCCCAACGCGCUCCGGCCGCCCCGGGGCACGCCGGGCUGCGUGCGCUUCGGCCGGCAGCUGGCCGGGGGGCUGCAGUGCCUGAUGUGGGUGGCGGCCGCCAUCUGCCUCAUCGCCUACGGCGUGCAGGAGGGCCAGGGCGACCGCGGCAGCUCGGACAACCUGUACCUGGCCGUGGCGCUCAUCGCCGUCGUGGUCGUCACCGGCUGCUUCGGCUACUACCAGGAGUUCAAGAGCACCAACAUCAUCGCCAGCUUCCGCAACCUGGUGCCGCAGCAAGCCACGGUGGUGCGGGCGGGGCAGGUGCUGCAGGUGAACGCGGCCGAGCUCGUGGUCGGGGACCUGGUGGAGAUCAAGGGCGGGGACCGGGUGCCCGCCGACAUCCGCGUGCUGGCGGCGCAGGGCUGCAAGGUGGACAAUUCGUCGCUGACGGGCGAGUCGGAGCCGCAGACGCGCUCGCCCGAGUGCACGCACGACUCGCACCUGGAGACGCGGAACAUCGCCUUCUUCUCCACCAUGUGCCUGGAGGGCACGGCCACGGGGCUGGUGAUCAGCACGGGCGAGCGCACGGUCAUCGGCCGCAUCGCCAGCCUGGCGUCGGGCGUGGAGAACGAGAAGACGCCGAUCGCGGUGGAGAUCGAGCACUUCGUGGACAUCAUCGCCGGCCUGGCCGUGCUCUUCGGCGGCACCUUCUUCGUGGUGGCCAUGCUGAUCGGGUACCCCUUCCUGCGCGCCCUCGUCUUCUUCAUGGCCAUCGUGGUGGCCUACGUGCCCGAGGGGCUGCUGGCCACCGUCACGGUGUGCCUGUCGCUGACGGCCAAGCGCCUGGCGCGCAGGAACUGCGUGGUGAAGAACCUGGAGGCCGUGGAGACCCUGGGCUCCACCUCGGUCAUCUGCUCCGACAAGACGGGGACGCUGACCCAGAACCGCAUGGCCGUGGCCCACCUGUGGUUCGACGGGCAGGUGCACGCGGCCGACACCACCGAGGACCUCUCGGGUGAGGCCUUUGACCAGAGCUCCCCGUCCUGGUCCCUGCUCAGCCGCGUGAUCUCGCUCUGCAACCGCGCCCAGUUCAAACCCGGCCAGGACGACGUGCCCGUGGCGCAGCGUGACGUCAUCGGGGACGCCUCGGAGUCGGCGCUGCUGAAAUUCGCGGAGGCGACGUCGGGGCCGGUGGCGGCCGCCAGGGGGCGCUUCCCGAAGGUGGCCGAGCUGCCCUUCAACUCCAGCAACAAAUUCCAGGUGUCCGUGCACGACGCAGGCUCCCAGCAGCUCCUGGUGCUCAAGGGCGCCCCCGAGCGGGUCCUCGAGCGCUGCUCGGGGGCGCUGCAGGCGGGGGAGGAGCGGCCGCUCGACGCCGAGUGGAGGCGGAGCCUGGAGGGGGCGUGUCUGGACCUGGGGGGGCGGGGCGAGAGGGUGCUCGGUUUCUGCGCCCGCUGGCUCCCGGCGGGCACCGUCCCCGCGGGCACGCCCCCCGAGCACCUGGCGCAGGUGGCAUCGGGGCUCUGCUUCGCCGGCCUCGUGUCCCUCAUCGACCCCCCCCGCGCCACCGUGCCCCAGGCCGUGCGCAAGUGCCGGACGGCCGGGAUACGGGUGAUCAUGGUGACAGGUGACCACCCGGUGACGGCCAAGGCCAUCGCGGCGCAGGUGGGCAUCAUCUCCGAGGGCAGCGAGACCCCCGAGGACGUGGCCGAGCGCCUGCACCUGCCCCUGGAGCAGGUACGGCCCAGCCAGGCCCGUGCCCGCGUCGUCACCGGCUCCGAGCUGGCCGCGCUGCCGCCGGGCGCGCUCGAGGAGCUGCUCCGCGCCCACCCCGAGAUGGUUUUCGCCCGCACGUCGCCCCAGCAGAAGCUGGUCAUCGUGGAGAGCUGCCAGCGCCUGGGCGCCAUCGUGGCGGUGACGGGCGACGGCGUGAACGACUCGCCGGCGCUGAAGAAGGCCGACAUCGGCGUGGCCAUGGGCAUCGCCGGCUCCGACGCCGCCAAGAACGCGGCCGACAUGAUCCUGCUCGACGACAACUUCGCCUCCAUCGUCACGGGCGUGGAGCAAGGCCGGCUCAUCUUUGACAACCUCAAGAAGUCCAUCGCCUACACGCUGACCAAGAACAUUCCGGAGCUGACGCCGUACCUGAUCUACAUCACAGCCAGCGUGCCCCUCCCGCUGGGCUGCAUCACCAUCCUCUUCAUCGAGCUCUGCACCGACAUCUUCCCCUCGGUGUCCCUGGCCUACGAGCGCGCCGAGAGCGACAUCAUGCACCUGCGGCCCCGCAACCCCCGGCGCGACCGCCUGGUCAACGAGCCCCUGGCGGCCUACUCGUACUUCCAGAUAGGUGCCAUCCAGUCCUUCGCGGGUUUCACCGAUUACUUCGUGGCCAUGGCCCAGGAGGGCUGGUGGCCGUACCUGGUGCUGGGGCUCCGCCCGCGCUGGGAGGACGCGCACGAGCAGGAGCUGCAGGACAGCUACGGGCAGCAGUGGCAAGCGGCGGUAACCAGGUCCAGGUACACCUGCUACACCGUGUUCUUCAUCAGCAUCGAGAUGUGCCAGAUCGCCGACGUGCUGAUCCGCAAGACGCGGCGGCUGUCGCUGUUCCAGCAGGGGCUCUUCAGGAACCGGACCCUGCUGGUGGCCAUCGUGUUCCAGGUGUGCAUCGGCUGCUUCCUCUGCUACUGCCCCGGCAUGCCCAACGUGUUCAACUUCAUGCCCAUCAGGUUCCAGUGGUGGUUGGUGCCGAUGCCCUUCGGGCUCCUCAUCCUCGUCUACGACGAAAUCCGGAAACUCGGAGUGCGGAGACACCCGGGCAGUUGGUGGGAUCGAGAACUUUACUACUGAGAACACCUGGGCACACCUGGAACCCACCCUUGGGCACCUGGGACCCACCUGGACACACCUGGGCACACCUGGGACCCUCCCUGGACACCUGGAACUCACCUGGGACCCUCCUUCGAUACCUGAGACACACCCGGGACCCACCCUUGGGCACCUGGGACCCACCUGGACAUACCUGGGCACACCUGGAACCUUUCCUGAACAUCUGGGGCUCACCUGCAACACCUGGAACCCACCUGGGACUCACCUGGGACCCUCCCUGAACCCCUGAAACCCACCUGGGCACACCUGGGACCUUCCUGGGCACACCUGGAACCCAUCGGGAACCCUCCCUGAAUCCCUGAAACCCAUCUGGACACACCUGGGCACACCUGGACCCCCUUUGGACACCUGGAGCUCACCUGGGACCCAUCUGGAACAUCUGGAACCCA